AUGCCUCUUAAUUUAGAUAUAAAGAAAAAGUUAAAUUCUCGAAUCGGUAAAGUAAAAUGUGUUGACAUCCACGAGAAUGAACCAUGGAUCUUAGCAGCUUUGUACAAUGGGAAGUUAGUUAUAUUUGAUUAUUCCAAUCAAAAUAUAAUAAAAAAUAUAGAAGUAUCGGGAUAUCCAUUACGAUGUGCAAAAUUUAUUGAAAAGAAAUUAUGGAUAAUAUGUACAGGAGAUGAUAUGUUAAUAAGAGUAUAUAAUUAUAAUACUUUUGAAAAAGUAAUUUUUUUCGAAGGACAUAAUGAUUAUAUAAGAUAUAUUGAAGUACAUCAAACAUUACCAUAUAUAUUAACAUGUUCAGAUGAUAUGACUAUAAAAUUAUAUAAUUAUGAAAAUAAUUUUGAGAAAUUAUGUUCAUUUGAGAAUCAUAUUCAUUAUGUAAUGAUGUGUAAAUUUAAUCCUAAAGAUACUUAUAUUUUUGCAUCUGCUUCUUUAGAUAAAACUAUUAAAAUAUGGGGUGUACAAAAUAAUAUGCCAGUAGUUACUAAACCACAUUUUACCUUAACAGGUCAUACAAAAGGUGUAAAUUGUAUUGAUUAUUCAUCAAAUGGGGAAAUAUCAUAUAUUAUUAGUGGAAGUGAUGAUAAAACAAUACGAAUAUGGGAUUAUCAUACAAAACAAUGUGUACAUAUAUUAAGUGGUCAUACAGAAAAUAUAUCAUGUUUAAUUUAUCAUAGUAAUUUACCAAUAAUUAUAUCUUCAUCAGAAGAUUGUAAUAUAAAAAUAUGGAACAGUUCUAUGUAUAAAUUAGAAACUACAUUAAAUUAUAAUAUGGAUAAAUGUUGGUCUAUAUGUGCAAAAAAAAAUAAAAAUGAUUUAUGCAUAGGAUAUGAUGAAGGAUUAGUGGUUAUUCAGAUGGGAUCAGAUAAGCCUAUAUAUACAAUGUUUAAAAAUAAGAUAAUUUAUAUAAAAAAUACUGAUAUAUUUAUUAUAAAUUUACAAAAUAUAAAUAAUGAAGAUAAUUAUAAUGAUGGUGAUAUAUAUAAAGUAAAUAAAAAAGAGUUAGGAAAUUGUGAUUUCUAUCCAACCAAUGUUUCAUUUCAUCCAAAUGGAAGGUUUGUAUGUGUUAAUGGCCAUCAUGAGUUUAAUAUAUAUACAUCCCAAGUAUUAAGAAACAAAGCAUAUGGUAAAAGCCCUUUUUUUGUAUGGGGUAAUAAUGGUGAUUAUGCUAUAAAAGAUGAAGGAAAUAAAAUAGUUAUAUAUAAAAAUUUUAUUUUAUUUUAUUCUUUUCAAACACCUUAUCCUAUUACUGAAUUGUUUGGUGGUAGUUUGUUAGGAGUAAAAUCUAAUAAUUUUAUUUGUUUUUAUGAUUGGAAUUAUUAUAAUAUGAUUCGAAAAAUUGAUAUAAACGUUAAGAAUGUAUAUUGGAAUGAUGCGGGCACAUAUGUAGCAAUAUCUACAGAAGAUAGUGUAUAUAUAUUAAGUUAUAAUAGAAAAGAUGAAGUAUCUAAUAAAGAUGUAAAAUGUUUUCAAACAAAUGAUAAUAUUAACAAGGAAGAAGAAAAUGGAAAUAUUAAUGAUGAAAAUAAUUUUGAACUUGAAAAUGAAAUAAAUGAAUCUAUAGAUAGUGGAACAUGGAUAUAUGAUAGUUUUGUUUAUGUUUCAAAAAAUUUAAGAUUAUAUAUAUAUACAAAAAAAUUUAAUGAUAUAUAUGUAUAUAUAGAUAAAUAUUUAUACAUUUGUGGAUAUGUAUAUGAAUAUAAUAGAAUAUUUUUAUUAGAUAAAGAUUAUAAUUUUUAUAGUUUUAAAAUACCAAUAGGUUAUUUACAGUAUCAGAAAUAUAUAAUAAAUAAAGAUUUUGAAUCUGCUGAUAAUUUAUUAGGUUCUAUUCCUGAAAAUUUACAUAAUAAAUUAAGUUUAUUUUUAGAGAAAAUGGGAUAUCAAAAUAAAGCUUUAACAAUUUGUAAUGAUAUGGAAAAAAAAUUUGAAUUAGCCUUAUUAACUGGUAAUCUACAAUUAUGUAUGGAAAUUAUAAAAGAGAAUGAAAAUAAAGAAGAUAAAGAAACGGUUCAAAAUAAAUAUAAAAUAUUAGGAGAUACAGCAUUAGUAUAUAAUUCAAUAUCAAUGGCAAUACAUUGUUAUAAAAAAACAAAUGAAUUUUCAUCUUUAUUAAUUAUCUUAUCAACAUUAGGUGAUAAGAUAGGUAUUGAAGAAUUGGGAAAAAUGUGUUUAAAAAAAAAAAAAUAUAAUAUUGCAUUUAUAUGUUAUUUUUUAUUGCACAAAAUAAAUAAAUGUAUUGAUAUAUUAUUAAAGAGUAAAAAUUAUGCAUAUGCUUCUUUUUUUGCAAGAAUAUAUAAACCAUCAUUGUUACCAAAUAUAUUAUUAAAAUGGAAAGAUUAUUUAAAUAAAACAUAUCAAAUAUGUCCUAUUGAAUUAUUAACGCCUGAUAAUAAUCCUGAAUAUUUUCCUGAUUAUGAGCUAGCUAUAAAAUGUGAAUCCAUUUUUGAAAAAAAUAAAACCCUUGGAACAACUCAAAAUUAUACAACAUUAAAAAAAUUGAUCGAUAUAAAUAUUAUGGAUGAAAUAAAUGAAAUUGGUUAUGAGCAAGUUGAAAAUAUUUUUGUUAAACAAUUUGAUAUUGAUCUUGAAAAGGAUAUCAAAAAUUUUGAUGCAAUUAAUUCUGUGGGUUCUGUUCAGGAAAAAGAGACAAAUAUAAAAUCGAUAAAUAAAAAUCUAGAUAAAGAAUCUGUAGAAAAUAAAAUAGAUAAUAGUUCUUCGGAUUUAAAACGAGAAUCAUUUGUUGGUGAAAAUAAUAAUACAUCAUUUUCAAAUUUGAGUAAAAUCAAUCAGAGUAGUAAUGAUUUUUAUAAAAAAAAUAGCAAAAACGCAUCAAAUAGUGGUGACAAUUCGGCAAACUUAAACAGUGGCAAUGAAAAUAUUAGUUUCGAAAUGAAAAGCGAAACAUUUAAUUCGGUGAGUGACCAAAUAGAUAAGGAAUCAGAAUAA